CUCGCCGCGAGCGUUCCGGGGGGGGGCCCAAAUCGUCCCGAACGGCCGCUGGAGCCUUGAGCCACUGGCCCCUCUCGGCACUUGUUUGCGCGCUUGGAUCUGUCCCCCUCGCGGCCCCCCUGACGCCGUGCACCAGAGGUCACUCUUGCCGAGAGUGCCUAGGGUCACCCCUGCGCGUAGCCGCCUCAGCGCCGUCCUUCCUCGACGUCCUCAGCCUCUCGGGCCGCACCCCCUCCUCGCCGUCCGCGGCGCGGCGCGGCGCCGUGCUGGGAUCGUCCGUCGGGCCUUCCACGCCGCGGAGUGGCUCCGCGCCCGGCGCGGGCAGAGCAGAAGCCGACGGCCCAGACUUCCCCAGGAGAAUAGACGUGCCAGGGGGCGUGCCCGUGUACCUCUACACGGACGACAUCGACGAGGGCACCAGGGAGCAGCUCAUGAACUUGGCGCGCAGCCGCAUGCCGGUGGGCUACGUCUCCGCGAUGCCAGACGUGCACCUCGGAAAGGGGGCGACGAUCGGCUCAGUGUUCGCGUCCCGGGACUACGUCUGCCCCAACGCUGUGGGUGUGGACAUCGGCUGCGGCAUGUGCGCCGUACCCAUCGAGGGGCCGCUGCUGCGCAGGGACCUGUCGGAGAAGCAGUUGCUGUCCAUCCAGCGCGGCCUUAGGGCCACGAUACCCACGGGCUUCGAGUCCCACGGCAGGAGCACCCGCGAGAUGGAGGACGCCGUCCGCGAGCUGGUCAGCGAGCACCGGCCGACCAGCUGGCUGCGGCAGACGCUGGCCGCCAAGCACACCAGGCAGCUGGGUACCCUUGGCGGCGGCAACCACUUCGUCGAACUCGUGUACGACGAGGCCGACAGAGUGUGGAUGAUGCUGCACAGCGGCUCUCGCAACAUCGGGAACGUGACCGCGCAGCACUAUGACCAGGUCGCGGCCAGGCAGUGCGGGGGAAAGCCCGAGGCUUUGGCUUACCUGGAGAUCAAGUCAAAAGAAGGAAAGGAUUACUUGACUGACAUGACAUUUUGUCAAUCCUACGCGCGCCAAAACCGCCGCUUCAUGAUGGAGGCGUUCGCGCACGUGCUUAAAAGGGAAACGGGCAGGUCCACCUCCUGGAGCAAGAUGGUGAAUAUACACCAUAAUUAUUGUGAGUGCGAGAGUUGCAGGCAUCGCGACGAGAAGACUGGGGCUGAGAUUGAGGAAAAGUUGUGGGUGACCAGGAAGGGCGCCACCAGCGCUAGAAAGGGACAGCUCGGCAUCAUCCCAGGCAGCAUGGGCACUGGCUCCUACAUCGUCCGGGGCAAAGGGGAAGCAGAGUCUUGGCAGUCAUGCUCCCAUGGGGCAGGAAGGUCCAUGUCCCGGGCCAAGGCGUUUCGCAGCGUUAGCAACAAGCAGUUCUUCGACCACAUGAAGGCCCACGGCAUUGUCUGGGACUCGCGCUACGCGGAGAAGGUGAAGGACGAGGCACCGAUGGCCUACAAGGACCUGAACGAGGUGAUGCACAACCAGCGGAGCCUUGUGGAGAUCGUUCACCACUUGCGGCCCUUGAUCAACAUGAAGGGGUUCUGAGAGUGUGGGCGCGUCUCCCUCCUCAUGGGAUCCACGUCUGGGCCCUCGUCAAAAUCAAGACCACGGACCUCUCCUGGGGCGCGUCCUGGCAAGAGUUUCACUAACUAGCUAUUUCGAGGAGGCUCCAGCCGUGGCCACGAGGGCGCCCCAGGAGGCCGAAAAGACCAGAGGUCCUAGGUCAUGGAUCCUGGACCUACGUCCUCGACCCUCGACGCCGAAAAAGUGAAAAGCCUGGGUCCUCGA